AUGCGGAAGGUUACCCAUCAGACCAUAAGUGAGGAACUUUCUAAAACGGUUCUGCUCCCUUGCCUCUUCACCCUCCGCCCCAGUCCCAGUUCAUUCCAUGAGCCCCCCAGGAUCAAAUGGACUAAGGUUUGGGGCCAAAGAGGCUCUGAUGGUCUGCAGAAGGAACAGUCGGUCCUGGUGGCCAAAGACAAUGUGGUCAAGGUGAAGAAGGCCUUCCAGGGUCGUGUAACACUGCCUGGUUAUAGUAAGAACCGCUACAAUGCUAGUCUCGCUCUGACCGGGCUACGUUCUAGCGACUCUGGUCUAUAUCGCUGUGAGGUGGUGGUGGGCAUUAAUGACGAGCAGGACACUGUUCCCCUGGAGGUCACAGGUGUGGUAUUCCACUACCGGGCGCCUCAUGACCGCUAUGCCCUAUCCUUUGCUGAUGCCAAGAGGGUGUGUGUGGAGAACUCAGCAGCCAUUGCGACUCCCGGUCAGCUGCAGGCUACCUUUGCUGAUGGCUAUGACAACUGUGAUGCUGGUUGGCUGUCCGACCAGACUGUACGGUAUCCAAUCCAGUCACCUCGUCCAGGUUGCUAUGGUGAUCGUGAGGACUCACCUGGAGUCCGUAACUACGGCAAUAGGUCCCCUGAUGAGCUGUUUGAUGUCUACUGUUUUGCUAAGCGUCUUCAAGGUGAAGUUUUUCACUCCACAGUGCCAGAGAAGCUGAGCCUUGCCACCGCCUCCACUCACUGCCAUUCGCUGGGAGCCCAGCUGGCGACUGUCGGGCAGCUCUUCCUGGCCUGGCAGGCUGGUCUUGACCAGUGUGAUCCCGGCUGGCUCGCUGAUGGCAGCGUUCGCUAUCCCAUCAAUGUCCCACGGAAGAACUGCGGUGGAGACGAGCCUGGGGUACGGACCGUCUACAACAACCCAAACCGGACCGGAUUUCCUGACACCACAGCCCUGUUUGAUGCCUACUGUUACCGAGCCCACCAGCCAGCAGGGGUCCAGGCUGCAGAGCCACAGACUUUAUAUCAGACAGCUCACCCAGAAGCAGAGGCCAUGCCCUUAUUCACUGAAGCCCAGGAUAGUGCCCAUGUUCCUAAGACUUCCUCCUGGACUGGCCUUGUUGACUUAGAUGAAUUAGGAGCCCCCUAUAUUGCUGGAAUCAACAACUCAUCUGAGAUCUCUGAAGAGCAUGUGAUCAUCCACUUAAGGCCCAAGGAGGACUUGGAUGAAAGUCAGGAGGAACCCAGAACCACAGAACCCAGCCAGAAUGAGUCACAUAACCCAAAGAGCACCAACUCUUUUGGCCUUUCUGACCUUGAAAGCUUGGAGAAACAUGGAGGCUCUGCCCAUGAGAAAGAAGAUGAAAGCUACUUUGAGUCUGACACCCCAACAUUAUCCUCAAUUGCCACUUUCACCCCCCAAGUUCAGACCAGUAAUAGUAUUCUGACUGACUUUGUUAAUACUCUUAUAAGGCCCUUUAGGUACUGGACUCAGAGUGAAGAAGGUGAUGAGACAGAGAGAACAUCCAUGGUGCCUGAAGAAAAAACAACAGAAAACCAAACACAGGAAGAAGCACCCAGCAGAAACCUGAGUUUACCAAAACCCAGCGGGAAAAAGGGCAGCAUAGAUAAUGCCAUUAUGGAGCACAGAAGUGGCCCUUUUUCUUUCACGGGUCCCACCUCUGAGUUACAGAGUCCAGAGGAAGGUCUGUCCAAUCAGGAGAAAGAGAUGAUGCCACUGAUUCAGUCAGUAGCUGCAAUCCAAAACACUGGGGAAGGUGGUACCAGCCCCCCUCCAGAAGAGCGAAUAAUGAGCCCCUUGGCUGACCACCCUCAAUCUCCUGUUAAAGAAAUUCCUGAAUCAGGUCCCACUGAGAGAUCACCGCCCAGUGAGCAUGUCAACUUAUCCAACCUUCAGGGUCUCAGGCAACAUCCUACCUUUGGUCCUGCUCCCAGCAGCAAGUUUCAGUGGGCCAUCAAAUCAAUGCGCAUUCCCAAACUAGGCCUUCCUGGAAAUGUGGCCUAUGUGGGUAAACAUCCCACCUGGGAGCCAAUGGAAGCCAAAGCAGGACCCCUUGAAGUGAUGACCCUGGCCACCUCCCUUCAACAGGACUACACAGAUAAUUAUUCAGGUGAAGGAAAGGACCAGGACACAGAGAAUGGUAAUACUCCAACUGCCAGAAGUGCAUCAGGAGAGGAAAAAGAGAUAGAGGGCAGCGGAGAAGGGAGCAACUUGCAGGGUGGAUUUGGAAUGAAAGUCAACAAUUUGGAAAGCAGUGGCAUCAAAUUGAUUCCUGAGCCAAAAUCUCCACUCAAUCUGAGUGAUUUUGCCACUGUAGCUGAGCGUACAACUUUGUCCCAGUGGCAGCUGGUGGAACAGCCCACCACCCCACCUCAGGGCUCCCAGGAAACAGAGAAAGCUGAGCAGGCCAGGGGCGAGAUCCUCUACAUUCACUGGCCUAUUGAUGACAUCUCCUCUACCUCCUCACACAGCAGGGAAGAUAGUUCAAACUCCGGAGUCACCCCAGUUUUUAGAAAGCACGGCAACGGUGCAAGCAGUAAUGAGGUGAUGAUUACCACACCUGAGGCUUUGAUGGAGUUAUUGACAACUUCUGAAAUGACAACAACAGAGCUACUGGCCAGAGAGGCACAGACAAUAGAUCCUGCCACCACAGCAACCAUUAUAGAAAAUAAAUCUUAUACAGAGGAGCCAUCUAUUUCCAUUUCUUGGGCUCAGGAAGACAAGGAAAAAGCUACAAGUUUACCUAACAUGCAGGGCCAGCUUUCAGCUACUCCAGCACCUGAAGAAGCAUCUGCAACCACUAGUGGAGUCGCUCAGUUGACCACCGUCAUAUCAGACAUCAAGGUUGCUGCUACAGAAAUGGAAUCCAGAUCUGCAGUUUCUGAGUCCUUUGUUGUGGGAAGCCGUUGGACACCACUGAAGGACUCAAAGUCAGAGGAACACAAAACGCCAGCAACAACAGAGGACAAACACGCAAACAAUCCAUUUGGCAUUCUCGUACCCAGCUGGGAAUUUGAGCUCAUCCCAUCAGUGGAGAAUAAUCCAUGCCAGACCAACCCUUGUCUCCAUGGUGGAAGCUGCCUGCAGGAAGGGGAUGGUUACAGUUGCUACUGCCCUCAGGGCUUCUCUGGAGAGAGCUGUGAGAUCGACAUUGAUGACUGCCAGUCAAAUCCAUGUCAGAAUGGAGGAACCUGCAUCGACGAGAUCAACUCAUUUGUGUGUCUUUGUCUGCCCAGCUAUGGUGGCGCUACUUGCGAAAAAGACACCGAGGGCUGCGAGCACACAUGGAGGAAGUUUCAUGGCCACUGCUACAGAUACUUCACCCGCAGGCACACCUGGGAGGAUGCUGAGAAGGACUGCAGGGAGCACAAUGGCCACCUGGCCAGCAUCCACAGUGUGGCUGAGCAGAACUUCAUCAGAGGUCUGAGCCAUGACAACACCUGGAUUGGACUAAAUGAUCGGACAGUGGAAGAUGAUUUUCAGUGGACCGACAAGAUGGACCUGCAAUAUGAGAACUGGCGUGAAAACCAGCCAGACAACUUCUUUGCUGGAGGAGAAGACUGCGUGGUGAUGAUUGCUCAUGAGAAUGGCAAAUGGAAUGACGUGCCCUGCAACUACAAUCUGCCCUAUGUCUGCAAGAAGGGAACAGUGCUUUGCGGGGCCCCUCCAGCUGUGGAUAAUGCCUUCCUGAUUGGUCGGAAGCGUACCCACUAUGACAUCCACUCAGUAGUGCGCUACCAGUGCGCCGAUGGCUUCCUGCAGCGGCACGUGCCCACUGCUAAGUGUCGUGCUAACGGCAAGUGGGACCGACCUAAAAUCAUCUGCAUAAAAUCCCGGCGAGCUCACCGUUACCGGCGUCACCACCACAAGGGCAGGAGAGAGCGCAGAAAGCACAAGAGGCACGGCCACAGAGAGGGAGGCCACCACGGAGGAGAGGGAGGCCAGGGUCACAACCACGCCCGUUUCUGAACCAAAAAUCUUCAUCCCCUUUGCUUUUCUCCUCUUCUGCCAGCUGCAGUUUGCCUGU